GCGAUUCGCAGCAUGUAGAAAUUUGUUUAGGUAAACGUCGCGGAAUUUUUAAAAACAUUUGACCACCUGUCCGUCUUUAGGUCACCUUAAAGCCAACACUGUUGUUUUCCAAACGGAUCUAUUUUAUCGAGUACCCAAAGAGAUGUUUCGCCGCGGAGCGGCAAAGAAAGCCCACAACAAGAAGCCUGUGAAGAAGGACGUGAGUGACAGUGACAAAUAUGCCGACCUCUUGGUUUUCGGUUAUGCCUGCAAACUGUUCCGAGACGACGAAAGGGCUCUUUAUCACGAACAUGGAAAACAUCUCAUCCCAUGGAUGGGGGACAAGAGCAUCAUCAUUGACAGAUACGAUGGACGUGGUCACUUACAUGACCUUUCAGAGUACGACAGUGGGUCGUGGAAUACGUCAUACCAGCUGUCAGAAGAAGAGGCCAGGAUCGAGGCGCUGUGUGAUGAGGAGAGGUACCUGGCUCUGCAUACUGACCUGCUAGAAGAGGAGGCUAGACAAGAAGAGGAGUACAAACGUCUGAGCGAGGCUCUGGCUGAUGAAGGCACAUACAAUGCUGUGGCCUUCAAGUACAGCGCUGACUACUAUGACCCCUCACAGCCCACAGAGGAGGAGGAUGCUAACAAGGAGACUGAGGAUGCAGAAUCUGAGGAGAGUGAAGAGCCAUUUGUUGCCCCACCCGGACUUGCUAUACCACCAGAUGUGGAACUGCCGGCGACCAUCAAGACCCACAACAUCAUUGAGAGGACGGCUAACUUUGUGUGUCAGCAGGGUGCUCAGUUUGAGAUAGUGUUAAAAGCAAAGCAGUCUGGUAACUCCCAGUUUGACUUUCUACGCUUUGACCACUACCUGAACCCUUAUUAUAAACACAUUCUGAGGGCGAUGAAGGAAGGUCGAUACAACCUCAUCUCUGGUAGCAAGCAAGAGCAGUCACAGGAAUCAGAUUCUGAAGAUUCUGAUGAGGAUGGUGAUGGAAGUUACCUUCAUCCCAGUCUUUUUGCCCCCAAAAAGAGCUCUCGGUUGGAGGAGUUGACAAAGCCUCUAAAGGUAAUGGACCCUGAUCAUCCCCUGGCAGCACUUGUGCGAAAAGCCCAGCAAGAAAGAAAUGGCACAGUAGCAGUGGCAACCAGUCAAAAUGAUGCUGGACCUGGUAUUCAAGUCCAGUACACCGCUGAACCAGCAAUGUAUUAUGGGUACUACAUGCUUCCAGACGGGUCAUACUGCUUGGCCCCACCUCCCCCCGGUGUAGAUGCCACUUCAUACUAUAGCAAUAUGCCUCCAGCUGUCAUGGCGACCCCUGCUUCCUCUGAGGCUUUACAAGCAGCAACCACUCCCACACCCACUGAAACAGUCACCGUGGCAUCACCUGAUACCGUACCCCCUCAGAUCCCCAGCGCUGCUCCUCCCGUGAAUGUAUCCGAGACCAGCAGCUCAAAAGCUGAAACAUCAGUUUCCACACCAGCAGUAGCAGCAGCAGCCAUCAUUCCUCCACCGCCCGACAUCCAGCCAGUCAUAGACAAGCUGGCUCAGUAUGUUGUGAGGAACGGCUUGAAGUUUGAGGCCAGUGUCCGUGCCAAGAACGAUCCCCGGUUUGAAUUUCUUCAGUCUUGGCAUCAGUACAACACCUAUUACGAGUUUAAGAAGAACUACUUCAUGCAAAAGGAAGGAAAAACCUUGUUAGAGAUUGCUACGGCAGACGAUGAGCUUCAGUCAGACAAGUCACCCGAUGAGUCCAAGCUGGCAAAAGCCUCUUUUGCCCCCAUUUCUUUUGCCAUCCGGCCGAAAGAAAAUGACAUGCUGCCACUGGAGAAGAAGAACAGACUUCGACUGGACGAUGACUCGGACGAGGAUAAGUUGUUGGACGACGAGGGUCUGGAAGCUCUGAUAGGGGCAGCCGAAGUGAUUGAGAAGGAUCCUCCUCCAGUUAGUGCACCCGAAGAGAAGAAACCCACCCUUAGUCUGGAGGAGCUGGAAGCAAAACAAGCCAAGCAGAAACUGGAGGAUCGUCUAGCAGCUGCAGCCAGGGAGAAGCUGGCCCAGGCAUCUAAGGAGUCCAAGGAGAAACAGCUACAGGCAGAACGGAAGAGGAAGGCAGCACUCUUCCUACAGACCCUGCGUGGCCCAGUCCCCGGAGAGCCCGAGGCCAAGAGAGCCGAGCUCCACUCGUGCACACAACUCGAGCUGCAAGACGCUUACUCUGUUCUCUCCAAUCCUGCACCUCCUCAAGUAUACCACGCACCACUUGUGUAUUCUCAGGAUCAAAGACUCUCUGUGGAAAACCAUGGAGCCAACCGCAGCAGGGAUGGGCCAUCCUUCCCAUCAUCUUCCUACACUACGUCCAAAGGCCCCGACAGAGACGGAGACAGAGGCAGAGAUCGCAAUAGAGAGAGAGAAAGACAAAGAGACAGAGAUCGGAUCAAAGGGAGGGAUAAGGACAAAAAGAAGAAAAAACACAAGAGAAGGUCAAGAUCAAGAUCAAAGUCAAAGAGCACUCACUCUCUUCCUAGUGCCUAUAGACGAGCCCGUAGGACCCGAUCCCGUUCACACUCCCCAGGGAAGAGAGACAGGCGGGGGUCCCCCUCAGAAAGGAGACGUGAGGAGAGAGAUCGUUAUCAUCCCAGCAGCAGCUCCAAAUUGCCAAGGGGACAUUCAAGAUCCAGAUCCCCUCAUGAAAAAAGAAGGGGCUCAUUGUCAUCUUCAGGAAAGACUCUAACUGUGGGCUCGUCUGUCUCCCCGUAUUCCUCUCCCAGGGUUUUGUCUGCAUCUGCUAGUUCUGCAUCCAGCUUGAGCCACUCAAGGGGCGGGUCUCAAGAGAAAGACAAAGCAGUGUCCUCAUCCAUAGUUUCCUCCGUCCAGUCCAAAAUAACUCAGGAUCUCAUGGCCAAAGUGCGAGCCAUGCUUGCCAGCUCCAAGACCUUCCAGGCUCCCAAUUCCUAAAAGGGGAACACACAAUUCGUAGCCACAACCAACCCUCUGUCAAAGAGACCCCUUCUUCAAUUUCCUGGAGAUUUAUCUGACCCACAUCUCUUUCAGUUCCCUGUUUAUUCAUGAUUUAUUAUUUCCUCUUGAUUUGAGCGUCACCAGACUCAGGUUGGUUAGUCAUUCUGCAGUGAAACGCAGUGAGGAUAAAGAGGAACUGGAGAGUUUGGUGUCAUACCAGACCUGAGGAAAUGGCUGGGAGAUAAUGUGUUUUGGGAGAAUCAAAUAUGAAAAUGUGAUAUUUUUCAUCAUAUUUCUGAGAUAAACUUUUAAAUGAUGUCAGUAAUUUUUGCAGCAUUAAUGUAAGAUGCUGUAAGUUUAUUUAAUCUCCUUCUAUGAAGGUUUAUGUUUUGAUAUUUUCAUUUUCCCCUCCUGUUACCUAUUUUCUGCUCCUAUUUUUCUGUUUCAUUUUCAGUCCCAAGCUGUCUUUCCUCUCCAGUUUUUCACACUUCACUGAAGAAGUGGUUUUAAUUUUUGUCCCUCGGCUGUAGUGUGUGGCCUUCUUUUUGUUCAUAGUUUGCAAUGUAAGAAAUUUAAUGCAGAUCAAUUUUCUAACUGAGCAGUCAAUAAAUUUU